UUCAAUUGUAUAAUUUAUUUAUAUUGGAAGAUUAAAGAUCCUUUUUUUUUCGUAUUGCUCGUAUUAAAUUUUUAAUCUCAGAAAUAGUUUCAAUAUAAAGUGUCGCCUGUAUUUUUGAAGAAAAGUUUUAAUAAAGUGAUAAUAUAUAAAAACUUUUCUGGUCAGUUUUUCCGUAACUACAUCAGGAUGCUGCAGUGCUGCUAUUGUUCAAAGAAAUUCAAAUAUGAAAGUGAAAAGAAACGACACGAAAAGAGUCAUGAUCCACAGUUUGAAUGUGACAAGUGUUCGAAAAAGUUUAGUUUUCUAUCUGCUUUGAAGAGGCACCAAAAGCAGCACGAAAGGACUGGCAGUGUUAAAUGUACAGAGUGCGGAAAAUAUUUUCUUGAUAAAACUCUUCUAAACAGACAUAUGAAAUAUGCUCACCAAGGUACAUACGUGUGUUCUAAAUGUGAAGCGACGUUCAGUAGCGACCUGGCCUUGGCAUCACAUCAGAAGAGCCACAAGCCGCGGUCAGAGCGCCGCUUCAAAUGUAAUUAUGAUGGAUGUACAAAAACCUUCAACUACAUACAUCACUUGAAACACCACCAGCUCAGCCAUACUAAUAAAAAACAACACUAUUGUAACGUAUGUGGAAAAGGUUUUAUUCAGUACCAUCAUUUCAAAGCGCACAGGAAGGUACAUUCGCCUGAAACCUGGUUGCCGUGCACCAUACCGGGUUGCAGCAAACAGUUCCCAGAUGAAUACGCUAGGAAACAACAUCUUAUGAAACACAGCGCUGAUGGUCCAUCAUCGGAUUGUACGAGCAAUUUUUCUCAUACAUCCGACAUCAAAGAGUCACCAGAUGAAAUGCUAUGUUCGAGUUGCGGAGAUAUGAUUGAAAUUUCUUCACAAGCAACUCAUCUAGAAAAAUGUAAAACUAACACACGCUCUAAACAUUCAUUAACAAACCUAGAGGAUUUGAAUAUAAGUAAUAAUAAUAAUAACAACGAAGAUAUUAAAAAUAUCAAUGACGGCAUUUUGGACGUGUUUAUAGACAGCAAAAAAUAUAUAAAUAAUCCAAAAAAUACAGAUAACUCCGACUAUUACUCUAUGGUUGGAAGUCUUAACUUUAAUGACGAUAUUAAAGGAAUUCCAUCAGAUAGCAGUAACGUGGCAUGUGAAGGCUGUGAUUGUUAUACCAAAGACAUUAUAUGCGGUCCCCGAAAUGAUAAGGACUUACCGCAGAUAGAGUAUAGAAGCGACGGCGUCAUUAAACUCAAGGACACGCUCGAAACAGAUGUCCCUAAAGCAUUCAAAACUAAUAAGUUAGAAAACGAGGAGUUCUAUAUAAACGAGGUCCCAUAUAACAGUUGUAAAACAAUUCUCGGAGGCUGUAUAGUGAGUGGUGAUGGCACCAUCAGCGAAGGAUGCCUCUGUGCGAAGAUGGCUCUGAAUGAACAAGAAGCCGUCGAACAGGAAAUAGAUGAAAUAACACCACGACCGGUUACAUCGACAGCAUGAAUAUUAAAACCACACAUGUAAAAAGGUUCUAUAUUUAUAAGCUUUUGGUUAAAGAAUUAAAAAAAAAAUGAAUGCCAUAAUUAAAAAAAAAAAUAUGCCAUAGUAAUUUUUAAAUUAAGAACCAACGUAUAGUAUAGUCAAACGGUCUGUGAUGUAAUGUGAUUGAAUAAAAUAAUAUAUGCAUAUAAUAUUAAAA